AUGGAUUCGGAUGUAGUAGUAAAUGAAAAGUUUGACUUUAUUAUGUUAAAUAUAGCUAGGGAAUGUGGUGAUAUAAACAACUUAAUGAAUCUAUUUUUUUCCUUUUUAUUAAGGAAAACAGAUUUUAUUACAAAUUCGAAAAGUAUAGAACAAUGUGAGGAGGUUGUGUUGAAGACUCUAAGAAAACAUUAUAAAAAAAAAGAGGAAUAUUUAAAGAAAUUAAAAAAAGAGUAUGAAAUGAUGGAUGAAGAGAAGAAGAAAAUAUAUGAACGAGAAUUCAAUCGGAAUAAUAAAAAAGACAGUAUAACUGAUAAAAAAAAAAAUACAAAUUUAAAAGUAAAUAAAAAUAUGGAAAAUGGAAAAAUCAGUAAUGACCGAGUCGUAGAUUUAAGUGAAGAAGAAGAUGAAAUGGAAAAAACGAAAAAUUUUGAGGGAAUGAACAACAAUGAUAAAGAAUUAAACAAAAUCAGCGAUAAAUUUGAAAGGAAGAAAAAUAAUAACAACAAUAGUGGUAGUAAAAGUAGAAGCGGUAUCAGUAACUGUAAUAACAACAAUGGUGAUAAUAAAAAUCAAAAUAGCAAGUCGGACGAUUCAGAUGAAGAAGACUCGGCUCCCCCCAAAGGAAAUGGAGGGAAAACGGAAAAAUACACGUGGACACAAACAAUAAACAGCUUAGAUAUGUAUAUAGAUUUAGAAGAAAAGGUAAGAACAAAAGAUAUUAAAUUAGAUAUUACUUAUAAAAAAUUAUAUGUAAAAGUUAAAAAUGAAGUACUUAUUGAUGGGGAAUUUUACAAACAUAUAAAGCCUGAGGAUUCUAUUUGGACAUUAGAAGAUAAUGGAGUUAUUCAUUUAUGUAUAGAAAAAUUAAAUGGAAUGGAAUGGUGGUCAACUGUCAUUAAAGGAGAUGCAGAGAUUGAUGUAAAAAAAAUUGUACCAGAAAAUUCGAGAAUGGAAGACCUUGAUGCUGAGACGAGAUCAGUUGUAGAAAAAAUGCUUUAUGAUCAGAAACAAAAAGCUUUAAAUUUACCUACAUCAGAUGAACAAAAGAAAUUUGAAAUUUUUGAGAAAUUUAAAAAAAUGCAUCCUGAGAUGGAUUUUUCAAAAGCGAAUAUUAAUUAUGGAAAUUCCUCUUCAAAUAAUAUGUUCUUCGGAAACUAG